CGGAAGCCUGUAUAAGAGGCCUGCGGAGACCCGGUGAGGCGUUCACUUUGUGCUGGGGCGCCCUAGUGCGACCAUGGACCGGAAGAAAAAGCCUUUGGACGUCACGGCGUCCUCGUUGGUAGACCUUAAGGCUGAACUCUUCCGAAAACAAGAAGAAUUCAAACAAGAAAAACUUCUAAAAGAUGCUGGAGUUUUGGGGAAACCAAAACCAACUACUAAGAAACCAAGCAUCUGGAGCAGACAAAACACAGGAGUUUCAAAUCGAGCUGAGAAGGAUGCUGAACAGAAGAUUGAGGAACAGAAGACUUUGGACAAAGCGAGGGAGAAAUUGGAAGAAAAAGCCAAAUUAUAUGAAAAAAUGACUAAAGGAGCCUUUAUAGAUGAAGAAGUGGAGGAUAUGUACCUUGUGGAUUUCACACAGAAGAUCAUAGACAAACGCAAAGAAAUGGAAGAGCUUGGUGCCAAUAGAGAUUAUAGAAAGACAGAAAGAGAUGAUGAUGAAGAAACCGUUUCUGAAAAAGAUAUCCCUCCUCCCCAGGAUCCCAGUGAAGAAUGGGUGGAUUAUGUGGAUUCUUUAGGGCGAUCCCGGCGCUGUAUGAGAAAGGAUUUGCCACAUCUGCUGGAAAUGGAUAAAAAUCUUCAGGGGAGGCUUUUCGUUAGUCCUGCAAAUGAAAAAACCUUACUAUCUGAAGAUAUGAGAAAAGAACUCCAGCGCCAGCAAUGGGAGGAAGAAGAGAGGGAGUCCCUGAGAAGACCAAUGGGGCCCGUACAUUACGAAGACAUUCGUGAAAAUGAGGCCCGGCAACUUGGUGUUGGAUACUUUGCCUUUGCCCGAGAUAAAGAGUUGAGAAACAAGCAGAUGAAAACUUUAGAAAUGCUGCGUGAGCAGACAACAGAUCAGAGAACAAAACGAGAAAAUAUAAAGGAAAAGAGAAAGGCUAUGUUAGAAGCAAGACUUGCCAAACUCCGACAAAAAAAGAUGAAAACAUCUAAAGAGGAUGGAGCAGAGCAAGAAGUUAGAGAUGGAGAUGUUAUUGGGCCAUUGCCACCAGAACCAGAGGUCAUGCCAGCUCCUCAUACAGCUGCCCAGAGUAGCAAAGUCGAAGUCAUCGUUCAGGAGAGGAAGGAUACCCGGCCUGGGGUGCCACACAUCCGGGAGUGGGACAGAGGAAAAGACUUUUCCUUUGGGUAUUGGUUGAAGAGGCAAUCAGAUCUCCGGGCUGAGAGAGACCCUGAGUUUGCCCCACCAUCGAAUUACUUUGUGGACCAAAAAAGAACUGGUUCUCUGAGUAGCCAGGCAUGGAACAGACCUGCACCUGCACAGAGUGACCCGGGGCAGCACCCUGGCCAGAGCCAUGACCCCAGCUCUUCACAUACAUCAUCCACUCCAGCCCCCAGCGGCCUACCACAAGCCCAGGCGGUCACUUUUGAAACUCUGGAUGAUAUGAUUUCAUACUAUAAACAAGUGACAUGAACUUAAAAACACUAUAACUUGGGUCUGUACUAUUGAUGGUGCCUUCCUCUCCCAGAGCAGAGAAAAUAACUUAACUUUAGGGACUGAACUGUAACUUUCUCUUCCUGUCUUUUCCCUGAAGAUCCAGACUUCAGGCUGUAUUUGUCAGCAGGGAAGAAAGUGAAUGGUACUGUGGGAACUCCGGCCACUUAGCUGUUCAUUUCAUUCUCAUUGGUAUGGAGAUACCAGUUCAUCUGGAUUUACAUGUGAGCUGAGGUAGAGUAAACAUACUCUGUAAUACUUGAUACUAAGGUGUUUGCAAUCCUGUCUGCUUCAUACCCACUCCCAAGACUUAUUCAGAUUUAAGGGUUCCACUCCUUUCCUUUUGCCAGUACUAGCUUGUAGGUGUCUUUGUUCCAAGCAUUCAGCUUCCAGGUCAUUUGGUGGAGCAUCUGUCAGGAAGAAUUUUAGCCUGUCAAAUGAUGGCACAUGAGGGUACACUGGGAGGCAAAGUGAUCUAGUCUCCAGGAGGACCCUGACGCUAAUGGAGAAUUAAGCAUAUCAUUUGAAAUGAACAGGAAGACCAGGAAGGACUUCACAGUCCAGAAAGGUAGACAUUGACGUCACUUGCUCUUACUAUCACUCCUUUUUGAGUGGCGAUUAUCACAGCCAUGCUUAGUGGGCGUUCAUUAAGUGUGUAUUGAGUGAUGGGCACAUGUGGAGGUUGCUGGGCAUGGUAAGAGCUGUGCUCCUUAGCCACCAGGGUUGGAUUUUCAUCUCCACCUGCCUCCCUGGUUCUCCCGCUCUGGGCCCUGAUCUCUCUUGGGAGCUGAGUCAUCUCAGCCUGGGUAGGAUGGACUUGCGCUGGAGUGAGGGACAGCAAGGUCCUUUUGUCUUUACUAACAAGUGGGUGAGCAGAACUCCAGAAGGACUUCCUGUGCCUGAGUACCAUUCCCGUCCUCUACCUACUACACCUCAAUGUUCUCUUCACAGCUGCAGACAAGCAGUAGAAGUUGACCACCAGGUCCACAGGGCUGUUACAGCUGCCUCCCAGGCCAGUGAGUCUUGUAAGAAGGUGUUAGAGCAGGUCCUCAAAGCACCUGCUGGAGCCUGUGGUCUCUGUUCCCACAGCACAGUGGUGUUGAUGGGAGCACAGAGAGGGUCCGUGACUAGUCACGUGAUAUCUAAGUGGCAGAUUGUUUAGGUGCAUGUUUGCUUCAGACUCAUGUUUUCUUCAGCACCCUCUGCUCUCAGUCUUUUGCCCCAGUAUGGAUCAGUAAUAGACAAAAUUCCAAAUUCUUGCAAACUUAACCUCUGAAGUCCAGAUCAAGGGUGGAGUUGCGAGACCUAUUAAAUGGUCAUUUUGUCAGCCUGAUCAGGCAAAUAGCUCUCCUAACAAAAAUGAAAACCAACUGACCCAGCUGCCUUUUUCUGCAGAAAUUGACAAACUCAUCCUAAAAUUCAUAUGGAAUUGUAAGGGACCCAGAAUAUCAAAUAUUCAAAACAAUUUUGAAUAAGAACAAAGUUGGGGGACUCACUUGCUGAUUUCAAGACUUACUACAAAGCUACAGGGAUCAAAACAAUGUGGUCCUGGACUUCCCUGGUGGCACAGUGGUUAAGAAUCCGCCUGCCAAUGCAGGGGACAUGGGUUCGAGCCCUGAUCCGGGAAGAUCCCACAUGCCGCGGAGCAACUAAGCCUGUGCACCACAACUACUGAGUCUGCACUCUAGAGCCCGGGCCCCUAGAGCCCAUGCUCUGCAACAAGAGAAGCCACCACAAUGAGAAGCCUGCACACCACAACUAGAGAAAGCCUGCGUGCAGCAACGAAGACCUAACGCAGCCAAAAAUAUAUAAAUAAAUAAAUUUAUAAAAAAAACAAUGUGGUACUGACAUAUUGAUAAAUCACUGAAACAGAGUUGAGAGUCCAGAAAUAAACCCAUACAUCUAUGGUCACUUAAUUUUUUGACGGUGCCAAAAUCAUCCAGUAGGGAAAGAACAGUCUUCUACAGAUGGUUCUGAGACAGCUGACUCGCCACAUGCAAAACAAUGGACUUGGACUCAUACGUCUCACCACAUAAAAAACAAAAGCACCUCAAAAUGGACCAAAGGCUUAAAUGUAAAAGUGUAAAACCAACUGAAACAGCUUGUAGGACAAAAGGAGAGGAGACAAAAAGAAAAAUUGGAAUACUAAAAGGAAAAAACAAUUAUUAGAUAUCCUAGAAUCAUAAGGAAAAAUAGAAGAAAAGAGAAGGUGAAUAAUAGACUAGAGAAAGAUGGGAAGAGGUUGUGUUUAUAAGGUAGAGCAGAAGGUCUCGAGAGGCAUAGUGUAGAGAAGGGAUGGGAAGACUAGGCAGGCAGCAACAAGCACAUGAGUAUAGGAGGCAGUGGUCACGGAAGGGGUCCCCAAAUAACCUUUUGUCCUUGCCCAGGGCACCCACGUUGGACGGCAGAGCAGCCUGUGCAUGCUGGCUCAGGGUCACUGUCGACUAAUAACUGUAAGUUGGAUAUUCUCUAGGAUUUCAAAGACUGUAUAAGCCUUUUUCUAAUCUCAUUUUAACAGCAUAUGUUGAGUGUUUUAUGAGCCCAGUUGUUUUAUCCUCUUCCAUUUCAGACUCAGGGUCCUUCAGCGUUAACACAAUUCCCAGUUUUAGUGUUUCUUGUGGGCCUGUUUUGUAGGAGUGUGUCCAGCAGAUGGCACUGGAGUUCUUAGGCUGCAGACCCGUGCUCUGGUAGCACUGCCCAGUAGAAAUGAGGUAUAAGCUGUGUGUGUCAGUUUCAGUUUUCUAGGAACCACAUUUAAAAAGUGAAAUUAAUUUUGUGGUAUACAGUCAUCCCUCUGUAUGUGCCAGGACCUGCCAUGGAAACCAAAAUCCGUGGAUGCUCAAGUUCCACAGGCGGCCCUCUGUACCCACAGUUCUGUAUCUGGUUUCAACCAACUGUGGAUCCUGUAGUGCUGUAGUAGUAUUGAAAGAUACGCGCAUAAGUGGACCCUCACAGUUCAAACCCAUGUUGUUCAAGGGUCAACUCUAUUGAAUCCAGUAUAUCCAAAAUAUUUCAACAUUUAAUCGAUAUACAAAACGUUUAAUGGGAUAUUUUGCAUUUCUUUUCACACCAAGUCUUCAAAAUCUGUGUAUCCACUUACAGCCCAUCUUAAUUCAGAUGCUAAAUUUUCAUGAGGAAUACUUGAUCUGUAUUUAGAUUUCAUAAAAUACAUUUGAAAGUAGAUUCACAUACCCAGGUUCAUCCAAACAUACUGAAAACAUUUGAGAGUUUGCCAAUAACUGAAUUAUCAAGUUUUAAGUUUAAUAAAAUGUAGUUCCUUAGUCAUACUACACCACAUUUCAGAUGCUCAAAAGACACAAGUCUAGUGCUACUGAAUGCACAGCACAACUCUAAAUGAUCUGUUUUUACAUGUUCUGUGGUCUGACUGUACAUAACUCUCCUGUUAGUAACUAAAGGGUUGGCAAACACAUCUCUUUCAAGCAUACAUUAAGCAUUCACGCUACUCCUAUGGCUUGUUUGACUUGGGAGCUAGCAGUGCUGAAAUCUAUCAGAAAGCAUGACCACACCUCAUUCGUGGCAUUGUGGAGCUAAGCGAAAUAUUUUGGAUCAGAAAUUGCUUUGAAUUAUUUGUUUUCAUUGUAAUCUUUUCUCCAGGCCUUUGUGUGUUUUGAUACAGUUCGUUUGAAUUGGCUAAAUAAAUCAUUUUGUUUGCUUGCAAAAUUCCCAAAGGAGAAACUUUAAAUCCAUAUACAUGAGAUUCCUGCUAUGUUUAGCGGUGCAUUUGCUGAAGACUUGUGGGAUAAUUUAUUUCCUCUUAAAGCCAUAGUGCAGCCUGGGAGAUGGCUAUCAGCUGACCUUUUUGUGACACACAGAUGAGGCAGUAGAAUUUAGAAUUUGGAAUGGAGUGGGUACUGGUCUUUACAGUUAAUACAACACAGAGUAGCCACGCCAUAUGUGUUUAAUUUUUUUUCAGCCAGUGAAUUGAACUAAGUCAGUUAUACGUCAAGCAGUUCCUGUAAAAAACUAUAUGGCUAAGGUAAGUCGUGAUAAUUGAAAAGAAUUUGUUAACCUGCUGAAAACCAUGAGAGAAAAUGAAACUCCCGUGGUCCUGGCACCUGCCCUGCUGGUAGGUGGUGAGGCAUUUGCUGGUGUGGACCCGGACAUUGGCUUAACGUUCAGAGCAUGUGUGGGGGGCAGGGCAGAGUGGGGAGAACGGUGGGAUGGUGUAGAUCAUUGUCUAGGAAGAUGGGAAAACCAGAACAAUCGAAAGAAUCAGGGUGUUUUAGUGAAAACCUGUCACCCAGGCUGAGUAUUGAUCUUCUGUUACCGUUUCUCGGUAAAUCCCGGCUGUUCGUGUAACCAUGCCCAGUAAAUGUACGUCUGUCCAGUGAUGGGAGUGGUCACAAAUAUUACUUGUUUUCUACCCUCCAUUUAAACAGCAUCUUUCCCCGCUACAUUUCUAACUGCCAUGUUCUCUCUAACUCUAAGCUCACCUGCUAGGUGGUGGUUUUGCCCCGUUGUAAAAAACCUUCCCUGGGGUACGAUAUGUUCUGUUUCUAUUUGGUCGUUAUCAGCAAGUAAGCUUCCCUGAGCUUGAACACGGGUGUAGCUCUUGACCUCUCAGUCCCCACACCACUCCUCUCUGCACAGACAGUCUCGGUUGUUCAGGGUUGAUAUGGAAACCAGGAAAUACAAGAAUGGGCCCUGCUCCCAGCCUAGGUCUCCCAGGUCACAAGCCUGUCUGAGAACAUGCUGCUUUUUUUUCAGGGGCCCUCGUUUGUUGUCUUCUUUCCUAAAGUGUCAUCUUUACCUUAAAACUGAAAGACUUUGUAUCUCUGCUUCCAAUUAUGAUCAGCAUAGGUGUUUAUGGGAUGUGUAAUCAAUGUAGACCUACCAUUUGUGUGGGUUUUUUUUAAUUUAACAUUUCUCAAAACUGAGCACAAGUUAUUUUUUUGCUGCCUAAUACUUCAUAUUAAUCUGCAUCGUUGUCAAACAGUUCCUCAGUUGUUGGCUGGCUACGUUAUUUCACUGUUAGGAAUGAAGUGGCUAUAAGCAUCUUUUUGUUUGGUUUGACCACAUUUGAAGAACUAUCUUCCCUCCUCCUUUUAAAACUGUUCCCUUGGGCAUUACUUUCAGAACUAAAAUCACUGGGUCAAAGCGUUGAUCAUUUUUUUGUCUCUCGAUGGGUCUUGCCGGGAGACUCAUCUUAAUGGCCCUUUGGUGCCACAGUGGAUCCCCCUGGUGGAGGAUGCAGGUGGUUUGCAAGUGGAUUCAACUCGAGGAAGAGCGGUGACUGAGGUUGCAGUCUCGAGAGCAAACCUUGCUGGGCAGCAGGCAGUUAAGCUUGAUCGUAUGCACAUGACCCCCCCUCUCCUUCCUCUCAGAUCCACUCCUCUCCAUAGCUCAGCCCUUCUUCCUCUCAUCUGCUAGAGAAUUCAAGCAUCUGUCCAGAACGUUCUUUAUAUAUUGAAUGGAGAGGACAGCGUCUAUUAGUUUUUCUAAUUCCAUUUCCAUGUCUUUCGUGCAUCAGGUGCGGGCUUGUUCUCUUGCCUGUCCCAGCCUGAAGCUGCACUUACUCACAGAUGGCAGUCACAUGGUUACAUCUGGCCUGCUCACUGUCCUUACCAAAAGCGUUCUGGUUAAAACCAGAGAGAGCCGGAGACUAGAGAAAAUAGCAAAGAAAAUCAGGACCAGAUUACUUGAGGGAGCACAGUUUAAUUUUGGUUUUAAAUAUACAGCUGGAUACAACUUCUACCCAAAAAUGGAUUCUUGAAUCAGUGCCAGUACGAGAAGGAAGCAUGCCCUUUUCUCUUUUUCAAAGCCAUGCCUGAAUUUCCCCCUCAGCUUCCUUCUUCGUUGGGUGCCCUUGAUAUUCCCAAAGCCUGUUUAGAACUUUCCCACUUUUCACCCUUGUUCUGCUUGCGCCCCACGGUGUACCCCUGGGAGUUUGCUGGGUCUGUGCCUUUUGAAGUACUCUUUCAGGUGCAUGGGCCGGAAAUUGCUUUUUUACUGUAGGCAGAAAUUGGGGUGCUGUGGGUACAGCUCUCCUCCUUGGCUAAUCCCACUGCAGUCGUAUUUCUCACACUCCUUCCCACCACACUGCUGGCCCGUGGGAGGAGCGCCCUACAAUAUAGAUGCCACCUCUGCUAGCAGUCCUGUGGUUUCCCAUCUGCAAGAUGAAGUCAGGGUUCAGCGGUUUACACCAGCUCUUCUCAGCAGGCUGCUGCCCACCCCUCCCACACAUCCCCCCGCCCCCCCAAGUAACAUGUAGCAUCCUCAAGUUACUUGCAGUUCCCCAAACUUGCCAGGCAAUUUAGAGCCUCCAACCUGAGCAAGCACUGUUCUCAUCACCUGGAGUGUUCUUCCUGUCCUUGUUGACUAGUCACCUACUUCUGAACCAGUUUCUGUCAUUUCCAUUGCACAGCCUUCUUCAACCACUUCAAAUGGUUAUCUUUUUCUGCUUAGCAUUCAUUGAGCACUUACCUCUUUUAGGCAUUGUGCCAAUCCUUAACACAUAUGCCCUCAUUUAGUCCUUACAGUCCUGGGAGGCAGGGCCUAGUGUCCACUAGUGCGAGGCUCGAGGUCACAUGGCCUGAGUUCUUAGCCGCCCGGUGACACUGCCUUUUCUGGAUUUCCCUCUGCCUGGCAGAGAGCACUCAGACUUGGCACAGUAGCCUGUGUGCGUGUGCACUCCUCCCCUCAUCUCUGUCCUGCCCUCAAGAGGAGACAGCCCGCAAAACUUUGAAGAUGUUGGAAUGAGAGUCGUCAUUUUUCAUAUCCUUUAUAAACUUCUUCCACGCUCUUUUUAUUUCUUUGUGGGAAUUGUUAAUUGAAACUUUGUUUAUAGCCAUCUACAUGGGCCUAUUGGGCUAUCUGUCGGAUUUUCAUGCUAUAAGUAUUUUUCACUUUCUGGCAUGUGGCAGCUUACUUGGUGUCUUAGUGUCGUGGAGGCUGUAAAAGGGGGAGAAGACGUGAUGCUUGCCCUCUGUUUGCAGAGACCACAUGAGAUGCAACUAGCAAUUAAAGAUGAUACAUUGAGUACUUUCACUGAGUAUAUGAUUACAUAGCAUGCAAAUUCUUUGGCAUGGCAUGCAAGGCCCUUCACGAUUUGAUUCUAGACACUUUUCCAGCUUUGUCUGCUACUUUCCCAUAGAGCCCCAAGGCCCCAACCAUACUGAUGUGUUUUGUGGUUCCCUGAACCUGCCAUGCUUUAAAUGUCUCUGUUCCUUUGCACAUACUCUUCUUUUUACCAAGAAUGCCUUCUCCCUCCUACCUGCCUGGUGACUUCUUAUUCAUCUUCUAUGACAGCCUUCAGUGCAGCUUCCUUUAGACUUUUGGCUUUGGGUUUUCAUGGCCUUUGUACAUUUUUUUGGCAAUGUGACCCUUAUAUCAAUUUUGUAAGUCUGUUUUGCCUGUUGAACAUUGAGCUACUUGAGGGCAAGGCCUGUGUCUCAGUGAUGGAAAAAUGGACGAGUGACAAUGAAAAUUAGAUAUAUGCAAAGGAGGGAGUGAUGCUGUUCCCACACGGCUGGUUGUCUGUCAGGAAUCACAUUUGGCUGCAGGAACAGAGAUCUGAAUAAAGGGACUUAAAGAGAUGAGGCGUUCGUUCUCUCAGGUGAAACAAAUUUGGAGGCAGGUGGUUAAGUGCCGGUGUGUGGGUGCCACAAUGUCAGCAGGAGUCCAGGCUCUGUGCCUCUGCUCUGCCACCUUUCAUGCAUGGCUUCCCUCCUCAAGGUAACCUCAUGGCUCCAUAUGGCUGCCAGAGUUACAGCCAUCUCAUCUAUUCCAGACAAGAAGAAAGAGAAGGGCAGUGAGUAAAGAAAAAGUGUUCUCCCCAUGCAGACAGACUUCUUGAAAAGAUAUCCAGGAUCCCACCCAACAGCUCCACCUGCAUCUCAUAGGCCAGAAUGGAGUCACGUGGUCACCUCUAGCUGAGUUUUGCAGAGAUAAAUACAUGGUAACAAAUAGAGGUUAUUUGUGCGUUUAAUUUAAAAUGACAUUUCUUUUCAAAAAAAAAAAACAGUUGUUCAAUCUGAAAAGACUUUUCUCCAAAGAAGAUAUAAAAGUGGAAAAGUGGCCAAUAAACACGUGAAAAGGUGCUCAACAUCAUUAGUCGUUAGGGAAGUGCAAAUCAAAAACACAAUGAAGUACCACUUCACACCCUCUAGGAUGGCACUAAAAUCAAAAAGACAUAAUAACAAGUGUUGACAAGGACAUGGAGAAAUUUAAAACCUCAUACAUUACAGGUUUUGUAAAAAGAACUGUAGAAUGGUGCAGCUACUUUGGAAACCAGCCUGGUAGUUCCCGAAAAUGUUAAACAUUGAGUUAUCAUACGACCCAGCAAUUCUAUUCCUGGGUAUCAACCCAAGAGAAUGAAAGCAUCCAUUCACAGAAAAACUUGUACCUGAAUGUUCCAUCGUAAUAGCCAAAAAGUGGAAACAACCGAAGUGUCCAAACAAUACUGAAUGGAUCAACAAAUGGUGGUCUUUCCAUAUAAUGAAGUAUAUGAGUGAAGUACUGAUACAUGCUGUAACUUGGAUGAACCUCAAAAACAUGAUGGUAAAAGAAGCCAGUCACAAAAGACCACAUAGUGUGUGAUUCCAUUUAUAUGAAAUGUCCAGAACAGGCAGAUAUAUAGAGGCACACAGCAGAUUAGUCGUUGCCUGGGGGGAGGAGGAAUGGAGAGUGAGUACUAAUGGGUUUUUUUGGGGGGGUGAUAAAAAUGUUCUAAAAUUAGGUAGUGGUGAUGGUUGCACAACUGUGACUAUACUAAAAACCAUUGUACACUUUAAAAAGGGUGAAUUGUAUGGUAUGUGAAUUACAUCUCAAUAAA